UCUAGCUGGUUGGAAGGAGACCAUGGCCCCCGUUCUGUGCUACCUGCUUCUCCUAGGGCUGACCUGCUGGACAGCAGCCACUGAAACAUCCAAGGAAACCCUGCAGGUGGUCCAAGUCGCAGAAUCCCAGAAAGUUUUUUUCUCCUGCAUGCUGGAUCAUGCACUGGCUUCAAGUGACUUAGAUCUGCUCUGGCUCGGUCCAAGAGGGAAGGAAUUGCUGUAUGUAAAUGUGAGGCAUCACCACCCAGAGGCGAGUCUGAACACUCUGUGGGGCUUGUCGAUCUGCAGGACCUUCUUGCAAAAUACCACUUGGUUUACCUGCAAAUGGAAUGGCAUGUCAGGAAAACCCCAUGUGCUCCCAAACAGGACCAGUGGAGACGACUCUGACAACAACCAAGUGGAAAUGGAAGAAUAUGAGAAAAAAGGCUAUGAAGAUGAUGGUGGUAAUUUUUCAGGACACCAGGAAAACUUAACUAAUUCAGCAAUGGAUCCCGAAUAUUUUCCUUGUGAUGCCCCAGUGCAGGGAAAUUGGACACAGGGGACACUGCUCUGGAUUCAGCAUGAUUCACCGGACCAAAAUAUGGUUCUGAUUAAUAUGACAAUACGGCGCUCCGUUCACUGCUCAGUGGAUGUGAAUGACAGUUUCGUUUCUUUGAUCCUUCCAUCAGUAACCUUUGAAGAUGCUGGGAACUAUUCCUGCCAGUGGAAAAAUCAGACAUGCCAUUUUCAGCUAGAGGUGAUAGCAAAGACAGUUGUUUUCCAUUGGAUGAUUUGGUCUGUAGCACUGGGAUAUAUAUUUGUCUGCCUCAGCUCCCUGGCUUGCUUUCUGUGGCUCCGGCAAGUUAUCCGAGCUCAUAGACAACAGAUGAAGUUAAUGAGUCCUGCCAGAAGAAGAUACUUUUAUGCUAAACGGAACAAGAGAUAUACCUCCAGUAGGACUGUGGUAUCCCCAGCAAAUGAUGAUGUCACAGAGCAAGUUGAUGCCUUCUCCUAUGAAAACGUGCUGCCAAGUAUGCGUGCGCAACGUGGCCAAAGGUUACUGCAGAAAGGGAAAAUCUUGCCCAAUACCCUCAAGAUGGAAGAUGAAGAAUACGAAUGCCCUGAUAGUGAAACUGAGCUCAAGUCAGAUGAUGAUAACUAUGAAAAUACCCAAGAAGAAGUGAAACAGGGAGAUGUGGUUUUGAACGAUAUGCUCAUUUAUGAAAAUAACAAGGACGAGGUGAAAUCUGAUUUCUACAGUGGGAAAUCAGCUGACUCAUGGUAUUCCAACAAAACCCAGCAGGUUCUUGAGAAUAUGACCCAAGACCAAGACCCUAUUGCUGAAGACAAUGAAAACUAUAUAAACUUGGAAGAAGAGUGUCCUAUGAACUCUGGUACAGCACGACUCAUAGCAGGUUUACGCUUACAGCUGGCUUUGGACCCCCCUAUAGACAGGCAGGAUGGGGGCAGUGAACCUUCUACAGGCUCCCAGUCCUAUGAAGAGAUGAAUGGAUCCUUAUGUCCCACUGCAAGCAAACUUUUCCACCUACAUACCAACACAAGCAAUGAAGAUGAUGCUGAUUCCUAUGAGAAUAUGGAAAGCCCCACGAGCCUCAAUUCACGGAGAGAAGGCACCUUGGAUCCACAUGGAGAAGGUAUUCUCUUUGGUUCCAGGUGGCAACAUAUCCCUGUUCCUUUUGGGGCUGAUCUCAGAGGUGGGCUGCUGUGCUCAGACUAAUAUUGCCACAGCACAGGACCAAGCUGGGAGCAAUUCCUUUCUUUUUGAAAUUAAAGGUAUUUCUACCCAGAAUUCCACUCUGUUGCUCCAGACGAUGAGGCAUGUUGGAUCCCCUCAGAGCAGAGGAAUAUGUUAUAUGCCAGUGCUUCUAGAAUAUGAGAAGAAGGAGCUGGGGGAUUAGACUUGUAUCUGAUCUCCAGCAGCUGGAGCAAUGAAGAAUUCCAGGAAGCAGAAGGGGGUUUGGCUGGAGACACAACUUUUUCAGGAAUCGAAAGUGUUGAGACUAUGAAAACAUUUCUUUUGUUCCACAAUUGCUUCUAAACAAAAGGGCAUUUAAAAGAAAACAAAAAGCAGUUUAUGGAUCCGAUGAAUCAGCAAUGAAUUGGCAGGAUAAUAUUACUCAGAGAAUCAUGCUGUAGAACAACAAACCUCACCUCAUCACAGUCACAUGCUAUCCAGACUGUUGAUUUAUUAGCUGUUGUGACGAGCAUGAAGCUAACCCUCCUUCAUUUAAGACAGUGUUGAUUGGUGCUCAUGGCGAUCACAAAACCUCCCUUCAUUGCCAUACAUUAAAGCAGCAUUUCAAGUGAAAAGCGUAAUAUUAUAAAUGAUCCUUUAACAAAGGGAUCAGUAAAUAUUUUGCUAAAUAAUGUUUCUUUAAUUGAAAAAGAUAUUCAAAUGCCAUGAUGUGUCUAUACCUACAAAGAU